AUGUCGAUUCGAGAACUUUACAAUGAGAAAUCUAGGCCAUCUUUGUCGUUAGAGUUCUUUCCUCCCAAAACCGAGACUGGCAAGAGGAACCUACUGGAGCGUAUGGUGCGUAUGUCAGCCUUGGAUCCAUUAUUUAUAACGGUGACAUGGGGUGCGGGUGGUAGUACGGCUGAAAAGACCUUAGAGCUUGCGGCGAUUACUCAGAGAAGCCUUAACGUGCCGGUUUGCAUGCAUCUGACCUGCACUAACACGGACAAGACUGUUAUCGAUAAUGCACUACGAACAUGUCAACAGGUAGGUAUCAGGAACAUUUUGGCCUUGAGAGGAGACCCAUCUAUUGAGGACUCUGUGGGUCAGGAAAGAGUUACGCAAGAACCGGUCGAUUUUGAACAUGCGGUGGACCUCGUCAGAUAUAUCCGGACACAAUAUGGGUCGUACUUUUGUAUUGGAGUCGCAGCUUAUCCAGAAGGUCACUGUGAAGGGGAAGCCGAGGCAUCUGAGCAAGAUCCGUUGAGAGACUUACCAUAUCUGAAGGAGAAAGUAGAUGCCGGGGCGGACUUCGUAAUAACACAAUUGUUUUACGAUGUAAAGAAGUUUUUGACGUUUCAAAAACUAUUUGUUGAUCAUGUAUCUGCUGAGGUCCCACUUAUCCCAGGUUUGAUGCCGAUCAACUCAUUUCUGCUGUUCAAUAGAGCAGCAAAACUAUCCCAUGCCUCGAUCCCCAAGCACAUACUGGAUAAGAUUCCCCCAGAAAUCCAACCGGAUGAUAAUGCUGUGAAGUCCAUCUGCGUUGAUGUCCUGGCAGAUAUUAUCGAUACGAUCUACCGCGAGACCAACGGAAGAGUUAAGUGCUUUCAUUUCUAUACCUUAAAUCUGGAGAAGGCUGUCGCUCAUAUCGUGGCCAAGUCAGACGUUCUCCAUCACAUUAUGAAAGAAGCUGAAGAAGAAGAAGAAGAAGAAGAAGCCAAGACGAAUGUCGAUCAGGACGGCGAUAUCGCUUUAGAUGACGGUCCCGGAACAACUACGCUCCAAGAAGACAACAGAAAGAGGAGAAGAAACUCAAGCAAUGUAUCAACAAAUUUCACGUCGAAUCAGCUUGCUGUUCAUAAGACUAGACGUAGCAGCAUAGGAAUACCCUCAAGAAAAGUGGCCAUCUCUAUAUCACAGGGAACCGGUACUUUAGGGAGAGAUGCAACAUGGGAUGAGUUUCCAAACGGCAGAUUCGGUGACUCUAGAUCGCCGGCUUACGGUGAAAUUGAUGGUUAUGGACCUUCGAUCAAAGCUGGAAGUAAGAGGGCUUUGCAACUGUGGGGUUCUCCAACAAAUGUCGAGGAUUUGAGAAAUAUCUUUAUCAAAUAUCUUGAGAAUUCAAUAGAUUCUUUACCCUGGUGUGACUUAGGACUAUCUCCAGAAAGUGCUCUGAUCCAAGAAGAGUUAAUUCAAUUGAACGACAGAGGCUUCUUUACACUUGCCUCCCAGCCGGCUACGAACGGAGCUUCUAGCACAGAUAAAAUACUUGGCUGGGGUCCCGCUCAUGGAGUUGUAUAUCAAAAGUCAUUUGUUGAAAUGUUUGUUCAAAAGGAAAGAUGGAACACUAGCUUGAAACAUAUCGUGGACCAUUAUGGAAGGGAAAAACUGACGUACUACGUUGGGGGAUCAGAUGGUAGUUUUGGAUCAAAUUUAGAGCCAGGAAGUUCUAACGUGGUAACUUGGGGUGUCUUUGCAAAUAGCCAAGUUAUUCAGACAACAAUCAUUUCUGAAGAGUCAUUCAAAGCUUGGAGAGAUGAGGCUUUUAGUAUAUGGCUAGAAUGGGCGAAACUUUUUCCCAGAAACAGCCAAAGCAACAGCUUUUUGAGGCAGAUGCAUCAGGACUACUAUUUGGUAUCCGUUGUUCACCACGAUUAUAACCAAUCGGACGAGCUUUGGGAGAUACUUCUCAGCUAG